AUGCAGCGAUGCUGCCGGGUCAUUGUGUCGCAGCCGCCUGUGCUCCGGCCACAUCAAGGGAACCGCGCCGCGUCAUGGUUCUGCACUGCAGGCUUCGAGCUGCCUGAAUGGUUCAGGAACCCAAAGAAGGACGGGGACUCCUUUGAUGAUGAUGACCAUGACGAAUUUGUGCUCCCGAUCAAGUCCAAUCCCGUGGAGGAACGUAUCCAUGGAGGCAGCUCCAAGCCUCUGUCGAUCCGCCCCGAGGCUGCUUCCCACGAGGACGCCGAGUUCGAGGCUGAUUUCGACGAAGCCAGCAGGAUCCUGACCUCUUGCUUUGCGUCUCCGGAGGCCAUCGUGAUAGCCAUGGACUGCUGCCCUGUCAGGGUAUCAGACCGCAUGGUCGACAAGAUCCUAAGGAGGUUUGGCAGCGAUUGGGUGGCUGCGUUCGGGUUCUUUAUGUGGGCCGGUGCUCAGGAAGGCUACUGCCACUCUGCUGAUUCAUACAACUCGAUGGUUGACAUACUAGGAAAGUUCAAGCAGUUUGAUUUGAUGUGGGGCUUGAUCACUCAGAUGGAUGAGAUUGGUGGUUUGGUGUCGCUGGCAACGAUGACAAAGGUGAUGAGGAGGCUCGCUGGGGCCAGCCGGUGGACCGAUGCCAUAGACGCCUUCAACAAAAUGGACCGGUUUGGUGUUGUGAAAGACACCACAGCUAUGAAUGUGCUCCUAGACACGCUGUGCAAGGAGAGGAGCGUGAAGCGUGCGAGAGGUGCGUUCCAAGAGUUGAGGGGAUCGGUACCUCCCGACGAGAGUAGUUUCAACACGUUGGUCCAUGGGUGGUGCAAGGCGAGGAUGAUGAACGAAGCCCGUGAUACGAUGAAGGAGAUGGAGGAACAUGGCUUCAAGCCUUCAGUGAUAACUUACACCAGCCUGAUAGAAGCAUACUGCAUGGAGAAAGAUUUUCAGACGGCUUACGCCAUCCUAAACGAGAUGCGUUCGAAAGGAUGCCCUCCAAAUGUUAUCACAUACACGAUCGUGAUGCACGCUCUAGGGAAGGAUGGAAGAACGCAAGAAGCUUUGGAUAUAUUUGACAAGGUGAGGUGCGAUGGUUGUGCCCCAGACGCUUCCUUCUACAACUCUCUCAUCUACAUACUCAGCAGAGCAGGGAGACUGGAGGAUGCAAACUCCAUCGUCGAUAAGAUGUCCAGCACUGGAGUUCCCCCCACUGUUGCUACCUUCAACACCCUAAUUUCUGCUGCCUGUGACCACUCCCAGGCAGAGAAUGCCCUGAAGAUGCUGGUUAGGAUGGAGGAGCAGUCAUGCAAGCCUGACAUCAAGACGUACACCCCAUUGCUGAAGCUGUGCUGCAAAAGGCAAUGGAUAAAGGUACUUCGGUUCCUCAUAUGCCACAUGUUUAGAAAGGACAUCACUCCUGAUUUCAGCACCUAUACCUUGUUGGUAACCUGGCUGUGCCGAAACGGGAAGCCCGCCCAGUCUUGCCUGUUUUUGGAGGAGAUGGUGCUGAAGGGUUUUACGCCGAAGAAAGAAACGUUUGAUCUUGUGACAGAGAAGCUUGAUAAGGCGAAUCUCCAUUCAGCAAAGAAAAAGAUUCAACUUCUCACCCUGCGGGCAGCUGCUGUGAAGCACACUGGUUCCCCUUAUUUGAACAAGGAUGGUGCUGCUGGACAGCAUAGUGACAUACUGUCAAGCGCUUAUGGCUAUGAACCUUAG